AUGGCGACAGUGACGUCAGCCCACCCUGGACCUAAUUGGAGGAAACCCCGUGGCCCCAGCUGCAGAAGCAGCAGCAGCAGUGCACGGGCCAACCGAACUUGCGCGCCCUCCCUCCCAGCCGCCCGCGACUUUUCUGCUCACCUUCGCGGCGGCGCGCAGGAGGGCGAUUGGCCGCGCCGCGCUGAGGGGCGGGGCACGGGCUCGGGCAGCGCGCGCCGAUUGGCUGAGCUGCAGGCGACCGCGGGCCUAGCAGCGGGAGAGGUUCGCUUUGUGCCAACGCCCUUUUAGCAGCAGCAGCGGCGGGAGCAGCAGCAGCAGCAGCGCUGGUUCUGUGGCUGGAGACGGGAGCGGUUUUCUCUCGCUCUUUCUCUCUCCCCCCCUCCCUCCUCUCCUCCUCCUCCUCCUCCUCCUCCUCCCCACCUUCUUGAUCCAGCCCCGGAGCGGAGCGAGCGCAGUCGACCCAGCAGGCGCCCGCCGGCCCGGCCUAGCGCCUCAGCGGACCCAGGUGAGAGGGCGACGGCGGCGGCCUUGGCGGCGAGGCGAGGCGCGCUUCCCGCUUCUCCCCUCCCUCCCUCCCUCCCUGGCUGCGCGCCUUCCCUUGCCUAAUCCCUGCCGCGUCGUCCAUUUUGUGGAGGCGGCGCGGAGCUCCCGGAGUCGUCGUCGUCCCCUCCGCCGCCGCCUCCGCCAUUUCGUACCGGCCCUGCAGAGCCAGCCCCGGCAUUUCCUGAGGGACGGCGGGAAAGGAGACGGGCGGGAGCGCGGCUGAGGGCAGGGCAGGCAAGGCUGGGUGGCUGCCACCCGCGCCUCACUCGCUCCCUCCUCCGCCUGCGGGGACAAAGGCAGCGCGGAGCCGCCGCCGCCGCCGCCGCCUUUUCCCUUUGCCUCCGUGGGAGGGGGAAGGGGGGGAAUCGGUCGUUCUCUCGCUUCUCCCCCCCCCCCAUCACCUUUUUAUUAUCCAGGAAAAUCGGCGGCUUUUUAUCUCUCCCCCACCAAAAGCUUCGACACUCCUUUCUCCUUCCUUUUUGUUAUUUUGCACAUCGUCCUCCUCCAACGCCAAGCGAAUCGCCCCGGGCUUCUCCGCCUCUGCACUCUUCUCUUCCAUCUUCCUUCCCACACCAGUCCCGCCUGCCAGGCAUUGCUUAGCGAUCUGCCCCUGAGAAGAGUUGCUCGCCCUCUUCUUCUCCCACUACACCUUGUGCCUUUUCUCUCUCUCUGCUCCUUUUUUUCCUCCUCCCCUUACCCGCCAUUCACAAGUCCAGGUUGUAGGUCACCUAUGGCGCCACUUCCAUUCUCCUCUUCUUAGCCUGCUUUCUUGCAAACACUGCAUGGGGUUUGUGGGUGGGUGGUUUUAGGACGUAACGUUUGGAUUCUCUCUCCCCCCUCCCUUAACAGGAAUCUUUUUUGUGUCUUGGGUCUUUAAAAGAUCACAAACCAGUCUCUAGUGCCCAACUCCAGCAUCAUACACCUUGGAUCAGUGCUACACUAUUCCUGACCGCCAUUUCCAAAGGCCUGGCAUCUCCUGUCCACAAGGUGCUGGAAAUCUCUUAGGGAGGGAGGGCCUAAUACCUGUUCUGGACAUGAGUGCUUCUUCCACUUAUGUUAUCUCCACAGGCCCUGUUAGUGUUCCCUGGUUGACAGAAAUGUUUUGGGAAUGGUACAUUUUUUUGUCAGCUUGGUUUGAAUUGAGGCUUUUAGUGACUGUUUCUCAAUGGCCUUUGUUUAAGUUGCUCUGUCUCUUGUGGUUUGGAUUUCCUAAAUCUAUAGGAGCUUUUUGUAUGGCUGGUAACUCUAUUCCUUAGGAGUACUGUACAGGUUUCAGAAUAUUCGUCUCUUCCUGUUCCAGGUUUUGAGGUGCCUUCUGACUUUGUGAAAGGCCCUGCUAUUCCUUUCCCCCUACUAAAUCAGUUGCCUUGCUGCUUAUACCAUUGCUGGCCAACAUGGAAAAGACCGAGAUGAUUCAGAAAGCCAAGCUGGCUGAGCAGGCGGAGCGUUAUGAUGAUAUGGCUACCUGCAUGAAGGCAGUGACAGAGCAAGGUGCUGAAUUAUCCAAUGAAGAACGCAAUCUUCUCUCUGUGGCGUACAAGAAUGUGGUUGGGGGAAGACGCUCUGCUUGGCGAGUGAUCUCUAGCAUUGAGCAGAAAACUGACGGAAAUGACAAGAAGAUGCAGCUUGUCAAGGACUACCGAGAGAAAGUGGAGUCUGAACUUAAGUCCAUCUGCACCACAGUUCUGGUGAGUUUGUUAAAAGCAUACUUCACCUUAUUAUUUAUUGCUGACUUACUGAGUUGAAGCCUGAGGCCUAGGAGUGGGAUGAAUUGCAUUGUGUGAGAUGUAGAUUUAAAAUGUAAGAUGUUGAAUUUAAAUACAAUAUUUUGCCAUACCUUGCCAGGAACAGUGAAUGUACAUAAACAAAUGUUGACUAAAGUGAAUUUACUGCAAAAGUGGGUUUCUACUGACAGUUACUUGGAAAACGUGAGAAUGAGGAUUGAACUGUAAAAGCUGCUUUAUCUGUAAUCAGUAGCAAUGCAAUCUCAUAAUGCCUUGUAUUUAAAAGUCUGUAUUUGAUGAACUAAAUAGACUGAAAAAGCUACAUAUUGGUUCCCCUGGGGUCAUAUCUAUUGCUUUGUUUGUUGAAAUAUAAAAGCUAGUAUAUGCUAAACCUUAAAUUCAUUGAGUAGAGGCUAUUCAUGGAACAUAGUUGGAAUAAAUCUCUGCUUCUAAUAGUUUCACUUGCAUUGCUCUUGCCUGUUUCUUAUUUCUAUGGGUUCUGGCAGUAGUUUCAUAUUACCUACUGCAAGUGAUGAAGAGCUAGCACAAAGUUAUGAAGAAGAAAACACAGGUUGUCUGUUUCAUAAAUAUGUCCAAAGCAACAGGCAAUACUCUUUAGGCAUUCGUAUUUGGUCUUGGAUUCUUUAAGUAGCUAUUUUGUUUUUAAUAAAGCAUGGUAAGUUGACAUGCCAAAGCUAGAGUACAGUUUUUAAUUGACCCACCAGAGUCUUCUGUGUUGCUGAUAACUGUAGUAGUAAUACUUGCUUUCUCUAAACUCACCUUUUUGUUGUUACAAAUCUGCAGUCAUUUGAUACAUUUAUUUAAAAUAAUUUUUAUAUCUAUAUCUGCAGGUAGGCUAGGAUAAUUAGAAUUCGUUUGAAGCUUUUCUUCAUUUACUUAAUGCCACCUAAAUUUUGAUUUGGAUUGGGUUAAGGAGGUUGGCAACCAGUGAAGAACAAAUGUCCUCUGGUGAUUUGUUUCUGUCUGCAAAAAAGUGUUUCUCUGAUCCUUAGGGCACCAUCUCAACUCCUAGUGCAUAUUUAUUUUGUAGGAAACAUUGUACAUGUUUGCUUCUGACAUUUAAUUCCUUGCACCAAAGGGGGCCUUUUUGAGUCUGUAAAAUAAAAGACAGCAUUGUAUAUUAUGCAGCAAAGCACUUUUGAAGUUAUGGGGAGUUUAAAAAUGAGGGUCUAUUCAAUGAAAAGUAAAAAAUCUCAUUAGGCAAGCCCAAGCCCUUGGGUGUGUCUAAAGUAGCUCUUUGGAUCCUAGCCACUGUCCUUAGUCAUCUCUAUUGCAUACCAGCAGUACAGAAAUGCCUUUUGAUUUCAAGCUUUCUGGUCGAAUAUAUGGUUAUUUGGGGUGGGGUAAAGUGACAAUGAUUCUAAUCUUAAAAAAAAAAACCCACCCCACUAUUUUUGGUUAUUUUUAACACAAUUAUUUUGCUACAAAUGUAGACAUUUAUAUUGGUGUUUCCUUUUGAACCGUGUGCAUCCUAUUCCAUAUAAAAUUGUUAUACUUGUCAAUAUUUUCCUAAAUAUAUAGUAGUGCAGGAAGUAUUCUAAAUUUUGUCGGCUCAAGGUCUAGCUCUACUCUAAACUUCUCUUGAGCAGUGAACUGUUGGAAAGCUGUAUAAACUAAUGAUAUGUAACAAAUAAAUUUUGACAAAUUGGUUGAUACUUGGAAAACACAAGAAAAAUCAGUAAGCAGUCAUUUGUUACACAUCUUAGAACUGAAGAGUGAAACUGCUUAUAAUGGAACAGAUUGUGUGUCAAUAGGACUUGCUGAUUGGAAGGUCGGCGGUUCGAAUCCCCGCAACGGGGUGAGCUCCGGUUGCUUGGUCCCUGCUCCUGCCAACCUAGCAGUUCGAAAGCACGUCAAAGUGCAAGUAGAUAAAUAGGUACCACUCUGGCGGGAAGGUAAACGGCGUUUCUGUGCGCUGCUCUGGUUUUGCCAGAAGCGGCUUAGACAUGCUGGUCACAUGACCCGGAAGCUGUACGCCGGCUCCCUCGGCCAGUAAAGCGAGAUGAGCACCACAACCCCAGAGUUGUCCUUGACUGGACCCUUUAUCUUUAACAGUUCAUUCAUAAAAAUGUAUAUAUGUUUACCCAGAGGUACAUAGAAAGCAUGCUAAGUCAUUGUUAAUCAGCAUAGUGGAAGCAAAGGACUUUCCCUAGUGAGAAACUGAACAUACUUUAAGCAGUUGAGGUGACUCAUGCCCAUUAAAUGCUGUGUUAAAACUAAUUACGCAGGUGUUUGUAGGCACAGUUGCAUUUUCCAACGUUACUGGACAUGAUUAGUUGGUCGUUUGAGCACCAUGAGGUGGUGGGGAACCUAAGGCCCCAGGCCUGAAUGUGGUACUCCAGGACUCAUAUUUGACCGUGGGAGCCCCCACCCCUUGGUCCAGGCCACACUCACCACUCUUUCCCUGUCUCUUCCUUGAGUACUUUUCUCUGGCUGGAGUGUGUCAUUGAAUUAAUAAUGUCUUGCUUGUCUUGAUGAAGGCUGGGGAGAGGUGUGUGUCUGUCUAAAACUUUUAACUGACUGGUGUGUAGCUUACUGUACAAAGUGGCCCCACCCACCCCUGACAUGUGGCCCUUAGAAGCUUCCCCAUGAGGAAAUGUGACCCUUUUGCUGAAAAAAGGUUCUUUGCCCCUGCACCAAAAACAAUGUUCAUGUUCUGAAAACUAAAGUUUAGUGCAAGGACAUCUUUCCUAGGAGUCUUCUGCUCACGUGCAUUUUUUCUCUCUGAGCUUUUAGAUAAGGCUGCUUGCGGCAAACUAUCUUAAAACAUUUUUCCAAGCAGGCACGAUGAUAGGAAAGUACUCCAUUUGCAGAAGUGAACUGUGUAUAUCCCGUUUCAUGACCAGUAGCUGCAGACUGCAGUCCUCAGUUGGGCAUGUACUGUGGAAUUUAGGCAGGUAAGUAGAAAUGGUCUGUUAAAGAGUAGACAGGAAAAGGAAAGCAGACAGCUGCUUCAUAUUUUAGCUAGGUGGAUUUUACAAAGUUAAGAAGAUACUAUGUCUUGGUAACUAAGGGAAUUCAUUCCAACCAAGGUUGGACACUUUUAAGUGAUUAUUGUGAGAGAAUUGAGCAUGCCCGUAGGUGAAAUCUGUGCAGCUUAAAAUGUUCUGCUUUAUAUUUCAUAUUUAACAAUCACAUUUUGUUGAUCAUAUCUAUUCAAUAGUUUUGCUAGUCUUCUAAGUUCUGUGCUGAAAUGUCAAUAGCAAAACAUAUUGACAAUCUACCAGAAAACCAGAGAUUCCAAACAAAGUCUUAUUGGUGGGAGAAUUGAGUUCAUAUAUUUUGCAGAACAACAUGCUGUCAGUUUCCAUUCAAAUGAGCAAUGCUAAAAAGGGUAGCCGCACUUGUGAAUGGCUUGGAUUCUUCUAUCUUUUUUUACAUAAAAUCUGGGUACAGUGGAACCUCUAGUUAUGUACGGUCCUCCUUAUGAACGCUUCGGGUAACAAGCUCCAUUAACCCAGCAGUAGAUGCUCCUUGUUGCGAACUUCGCCCUGGGAUGCAAGCGGAAGUCGUGUGGCAGUGGGAGGACCCAUCAGCGAAAGUGCCUCAUGUUAAGAACAGUUUCAGGUUAAGAACGGACCUCCGGAAUGAAUUUAGUUCAUAAUUGGAGGUACCACUGUACUUGAAUAUCAUAAGCUUUUUAAGUCAGGUUCCGCAAUGCAUUCAACAAGCAGGAAUGCCUAGUAUCUAUGUACCAUUUUCAGAUGUCGGAGACUAAUGUAGUAACAGUUAUUUUAAUUGAAAAUGGUACAUAGAUACCAUAAACAUGGAAUAAAAGGAUGUUCCCAGGCCUGUUGGUUAAAACUGAACACUGAUAAAUUGUAUUUCUGAGAAUCAGUGAGGGCUUAAAUAUACCAGUGCUUUUUAAUUUUUAAUAUGGUUACUUCAUGAAGAAACCUUCAAUAUCUCACCUUUUCACUGUUGUAGCACUCCUUAUGAUGUCAUACAACAACAUAAAAUGACAGAAUAAAUGAUUACUGAAUAAACCAAUUUAAUAUUUGUGUAUGUUCAUCUCAUAACAUGAAUUCUCUAGGUGAUACGCAACAAUUUUAAGUAUGCAGAAAUAUAGUUUAAUAUAAUAAAACACGCAAGUAUAGCAGGUAGAAACAGCUUAAAACUAGGGAUCAGUAUUGGGCCAUUGCUACUAAUGUAUUGUUGGAGUCGGUUAAAAAUAGUUUAGAAAUAAAUCUAUGCAGUGUGCGCACAGAGGUUCUGAUUAGGAAAGGAAUUUUGAUGUAAGCUAGUAUUGUAAUGAACUGAAAUGCUAUGACAGAUUUAAACAGCCUUAUGCUAACCAUUUUGUGAUAGGUGGAAAAGGGAGAGAAUUGCCUUGCUGAUUUUACUAAAUAAAAUUAGUUUUGUCUCGUGACCUUCAACAGCUAUUUGGAGGUUUAAGCCUUGGUGCAUGAGUAGAACACUGCAUGUGCCCCUUAAGACCAUUGCCAUUAUUGAUAGGUUGGCUAUCUCCUUUUUUAAAAAAAUAAAACCUGUAUUAGUGUCCUAGUUAGAGCUUGGUGUUACACUUUAGUAAUUAAGAAAUGAUCAAUUUGCAUGCGUUAGUAGAAGGCACAAAUCACUCCCUGGUAACAGAGAAGACUGUCAACCACUGGAUAGAUUACCACUGAGACUGAAUGCAGGAUCGUAACAUACUUCAGUACUUGUUUUUUACUUACCAUCCAAAUCAAGAAGCUUAGUGCUAAGAACCAGAGUACAAUUCUGAAUGCCAAAAGCAUUCUUCAUAGCUGAAUUAAAGUGCAACACACUAUUAUUUCUUCUCCAACCUCUCCAAAGUGUUUUUUGUGGAUUUCUGUAGUGGGGACCUAUUAGUUCAUUAAACAAACACGUAAAAGAUGUAUUUGAACACUGCUACAUCAGAAAACAUAGCAAAGUAGUUUACAACAUUAAAAAGGUGGAAACCAUACAAUGAAAGCAUUAAAACAUAUCUCACAAUAUCUUUCAACAUGAUAAUAAUUUAUUAUAUAGGGUUGCAUGUAGACAUGCUGAGGUCAGAAGUAUCCAACAAGUUGGGAGUAGCAGUAAGUAAUUGGAUUGGGGGGGGGAUACUUCAAAAUUCACUUGAAAUAUAAUUGUAUUAACAAUUUUGAAAUAUAUAGUAUGGCAGUAGGAUCAUGUGUGCGUCAGAUCCACAGGUGAGCCAAAAAUGCCGCAGAAUGCAGUAACAGGGGCAGAAUUUGACUUCUUUCAAACAAAAGUAGUUUCUAGUUCUUAUGGCUGAAUAUAUGUUUAAGAUAUGAUUGUGUAAGCUAUGAUUGCUGAAAUUUCAGGUGCCGUAAAAAUUACUUGAUAAAUCCCACACCAGCCAUCAUAACAAGUGAUCUUGUUCCUUGCUUAAACAGUUGGCCAAGUGCAGAAUAUUAAGUUGUGUUAAGAGUGCACAUGUGGCCCUGAUUAGUUAAACUUAAGGUGUGUUCCUAAGCAUAUUUGCUUGGAAACAAGUUCCAUUUAAAUGGACUUCUUUUCAAGUGAGAGUAUUUGAGAUUCAGCUUCGUAUCUCUACUGCUGGAGCACUUAAUGUUUGAGGUUGGUUCAGUUUCGCAAGCUGAUUCAUCUUUGCAAUCUGAUUCAUCAGGGGCUUGAGAGUUUCUCACAGGGAUGAUUCAUGUCAUGUGUUUUUGGAGCAAUUAAAUAUGUGCUGGUACUAAUUUAGUAUAUUCUAGUUUACAGUAGAGAAGGGAGUUGACUAUGCACACCUCUCACAGUACGGUAUUGGGUUUUAUUUUUAUUAUUAAGUUUGUAUACCAUUUAUCAGAUCACAGGGCGGUUCACAACAUAAAAAUACAAAACGAAAGCACAAAAGACAUAAUAAAGCAAAACCAAACCAAUAACAUGCCCCCCAACAAGGACAUUCUAUGGCCUCUUAAUGUCAGUCAACCGAAAAGGUAUGCUUAUAGAGAAACAUUUUUGCAACAGAGAGCCACUGUAGAAAAGGCCCAUUCUUGAGUUGCCACAUGCUUCAGCUGAAAUAAACUUUGCUACUUGUUGAGGAUUCAAAGAGAAAGUGAGGAGUAGAUUAGAUCAGGAAGUAUAUUACAAUAAACCAUAGUCCAUAAAAUUGACUAGUUGAUUUUACAUGCAGAAAAGAGUUGACCCUAGCUAUUAAUUGCUACUAUAGGCUUACUGUACUUGAGGUUAACAUUUGGCAUUUUCCAGACUAGCUGUCUUUACCAUCUCCUGCUGACAUUUAGCCCUUGUUACCUGUCUGUGCCAUGUAUGUUUGAUUAACCCACACUUUCCGCACAAAAGUGUUAGAUGUUGCAUCUGGUUAGACAACAACGAGACAUUGAUUAUAAAUCAGAGGGGUAAGUAUGGAAUUGGAAUAACUAUGCAUAUAUCUUCUGUGGAUGUACCUCCAUCACCCAAAGCUGGAGCAAACAUUUGGUAUAGACUGAGUUGUCACUUCCCUUUUAGAUUGAUGGGCUGAGUAGACUACUAGACAGUAUAGGCCAGUCUGAACUCUAAACCUGUCUCCAGGUAGGGCUGGGCAAACUCUUGUCUGAAACCCCAGAGAGCUGUUGACAGUGUAGACAAUACUGAGCCUGGUCUGAUUCAGUGUAAGGCUGUGUUCUAUGCUCUUAGCUCUGUGAAGGAGUGUAAAUUACAUUUCCCAGAAUUCUUUUUUAAAGAGAAGGGCAAUAGCUCAGUGGCAGAGUGUCUGCUGUGUAUUCAGUAGGCCCCAGGUUCCUUUCUUGGCAUCUCCAUGUUGGGUUGGGAAAGACUUCUGCCUGAAAUCCUGAACGGUGGCUGCCAGUCAGUUUAGACGAUGCUGAGCUAGAUGGACCCAAUGAUCUGACUUGGUAUAAUGCAAUUUUCUUUGUUCCUGUGAAAUGUGUUAUUACAGGAUAUACAGUAUUAAAUGGCAUCUUCGUCAUUUAAAAACAAAAUGAGUUGAAAAACCACCUGCAUUUCAUUAGGUGACUUGGGGUGAUAACCAGGGAGCACAGUCUUUAGCAGAAAGGCAGUAUUAGUCAUUUUGCAAGUGCAUAAAUUUGACUAUAAAUUAUAAUUGCUAAAAUAACAAUUAUAGUAGCUCUGCAUGUAGAACUUAGGUCUAACCUCUUUGCAAAAAAGCCCCAUCCAUGUUGGUACAGCUGGGCUAAAAUGGCAGUCUGUAGGCUAUACUGAGUGAGACUCCUUCCUCUUUUGCCUGAACAAAUGGUUUAUGUUAUAUUAUUACCAGACAACAUCUUGCUGUGUGCUUUCUUUCUUUAGUCAAAGCAUUCAGAUAAAGUAGUGAAGAAUACAUUCUGAAAGAAAGAUACGGUGUGUCUUUAAUUCUAAUAAAUAUAUGAACUGUAGAACAGAAGAUUUAUUAACAGUAGAUUGCAUUUAAUGAUACUGGUACUAUAUAUUUGCAUAGAAAAGCAGGCAUUGAAUGCAAACAAUAUUUUCAAAACUUUAAUCUAAACAUCAAAGGGAAAGAUGACUGUAUUGAGAAAUAAAAUUGCUCUCUACUUUCUGAAGCUUAAAGCAUCUUUGUGCAGCUCUUCAGAAACUCAGAGCAGCUUAAGAGUCCGAAGACGUUACCUCUUCUUAGGCUUACUUUCUAAAAGGCAUGAGACAAAAUGAAGAGACGGGGAGGGCGGAAAGCAAACUCAAGCCCCCUAGUUCUUUGUUCUUCCAGCUGGAAUGGAAGCAGUUCAUGGAGGGGAGGAGCUAAAAGUUACUAGUCUCAACAGAGCUGAUACCAGUGUCUGCUUCCAUUCUCCCUCUGCUGUAGCAUGAUAAUACUAGUCUCUUGGCAGUUAACAGUGGAACUUUGUGACAUUUUAGAGCAAUUCCAUUUAAGAGGGGAGAGUUUAUUCCCUGCUUUUGUCCGAUUCCUUGAAAGCUUUGAUACAUAUUCAAAAUCAAAACAUUUUGUACAUAGGGUGUGAGUCAUUUAAUAAUGAGUCCUGUCAGCCCUGUACAAGGACUUCUGCUCUCCUCCCCUGUGCAUCCCUGAAAUUAACUCUCUCUGUGUGUUAGGAGCACCCCUAGAACAGCAUGUGGGGGGCAAGAGAAGCAAGGAUUGUUCAUCUGGUAAGCUGAAAUGCUUGUGCUGAUGGAAUGAUCAGAAGAGUGCAACACUGUAUUUCUCCCUUAGCGGCAAAUUAAGCAUGGGAUGAAAAUACCAUGUUUGACAUGGGUGUCUUGUAGGGAAAAUAGGUCUUCUAUUUCAAGUUUUCUCUAGACUCCAGGACUAUCUUGCUGGUCACACUUCUGGCUGGAAGAAAUAUGUGUGUGUUCUUUCAAGUUAGUUUCAAAAUAUAUCUCUACUUCAGGUUCUUUUAACUUGCCUAGGUGUGUCUAGUUCUGACCAUGCUGCUUCGUUACCCAACAUGUUGAUUAGCCUAAAAAUUGGCUGUCCAGUGACAGAAGUCUGAUACCAAAGAAGGUUCACAAACUUUAGUAGCUGCAGAGGAUGUUAACCAGAACUUUAGCAUGACUAUUUAAGACUUUUUCUUGUAGACAUACAAGGCUAAUAGCCAAAGGUUCCAAUUGGCUGUGCAUACAGUUGGACUGUGGGUGACUUGUCAGGGCUUCAGACAUCAACUUACUAUUUACUAAUCAAAAGCAGAAGUGACUUUAAAUCUGCUAAAAUAGCUGAAUUAGAUUGUUCUCCACUGUGAGGAAAUAGAAAGCAGCUUAGUGGGAAGGGGGAGCAGGGAGAGAGCGACUGUGUGAUGUAUCAUAGUGGUCCUUUAUGUAGGGGUGGCUUUAGCUAAGGUUUAUGCUUCAGCUAUAAUUUAAAUGCAUAUUGUUGGCAAAAAAUAGUUAAUUGAAUCUGUAUAUUCCAAUUCAAAAAACCCUCAUUAAACAGAUCUGUGACUAAAUCAGCACAGUUUUUUUAGCAUGGCACAUAAGGCAAUAAUUUCUAUUUGAAAAAUAAACCAUUUGAACAUUGAACUAUUUGAACCAUAUUGAAUAUGGCUUGUGCAGUAAGACAAUUGGCUGAAGCUGCUAAAUACUUAAAAAGUAAUCGUGGAGUGUCUGGAUGGAAUCAUUACUUUGGGCAACUGUCACAGGUAGAUCUCCUGGGAUAAGACAAUCAAAUAAACUGUGGCUGUGUUGGUGGCAGUGGUUUGCUGCAAAGGUGAUGGGUGUAGCUUUUAUAUUCAGUGCAGGACUUAGUGUGUUUUAAAAAGCUAUUGCUUCAAUUUCUAAUGCAACACGGGUAUUUAUUUUGAGAAGGAAUUAAUCAAAAGUGGAAACAGUGGAAAAAUAACUAGGAAUAGUUCUACGGCCCCAAAAUAAAAAAAAAUCACACUCCCUAAACUUUAUUUGUAAAACCUGUUUUUCUUGCGAGCUGUUGAUUAUGAAUUUUUCUUUGGUAAGCAGCCUCUUAUGUCAGAAAGUGAUGUAUCUCAUAGUGAAAGAAUGGGUUAAUGGGCAUGUGUCCACAAUUCCUAAAUGUUUGCUUCAUACCUGACUCAGUUUUUAGUCCAAAAAGUAAAUCUAAUUUUGGUUACAACACUUCAAUCCUUCAUUUGUGUUGCCCAUCUUGAAAGACAGUCUCAGGGGACAAACAGUGCCACUUCUUAAAUUGAAACACCAUUUCUCUUGCUACAGGGUCUUUGUCUACUUAGUGCAUAAUAUAUCAAAAUGGCAUUUUAGCAAUCAUGCAUAUUGUGUCUGAACACACAUCUGUGGUAGUAUUUCUGGCAAAGAAUAUUACUUUCCCUUUCCCUUACUAUUGAAAUUACUUAAAAUUCUCCCCCCCCCUUUCAUUAGGAGCUGCUGGACAAGUACUUAAUAGCUAAUGCAACUAACCCAGAGAGCAAGGUGUUCUAUCUGAAGAUGAAGGGAGACUACUUUCGAUACCUGGCGGAGGUUGCCAGCGGAGAUGACAGAAAACGUGAGUACCAUAUUAAUUUAAACCUCUGCUUUACAGUAAAGGUAUAUCUAGGCUUAUAAAUAAUAGUUACAUGUUGUGUGUGAAGAUAAUGUUAAGAACCUGCUAGUUUGUCUCAUAAUCCCUUUUGCCUUGCUUUUUCUUAACAGAAACAAUAGAAAAUUCACAGGCGGCUUAUCAGGAGGCAUUUGACAUCAGCAAGAAAGAGAUGCAACCCACACAUCCAAUUCGUUUAGGCUUAGCGCUUAACUUUUCUGUAUUUUACUAUGAGAUCCUCAACAACCCAGAGCUGGCUUGCACAUUGGCAAAGACAGUAAGUUGACUUUGGGCGUGUGUGGGAAAGUUAGUUUGAAUAAGGGAGCAGGACUCCUUAACCACAUUUGCUUAUCUUCUUGGAUACUGAAAUUGUAUAUAUGGGUGUGUUCACUUUACCUAUUCUUCAUUCAGGGGACUGGUAGUAUGAUCUUGCUUCUACUUCCUCCUUGUGGCAUUCUGUCACCUGAUAGAGCAUGCAGAAUAAUUUUAACAGUGAAAGCUAUGAACAGGCACAUCAUUGAUGGCUGGUCUUAAAACAUUUUUGUUUUGAGAGGCUAAUGUUAUUGUCUCACAAGGGUUUCAUUUCUAGGCCCACUUUGGGAAAUAAGCACCUUUAGUCAUAGUAGAACAUGAGCUGAGUGAACAUAAUUUAGGUUUGAUCUAAAGUGGCAUCAUUACAAUAUUUCCCCAUAUUGCAUUAUUGUUCUCCAAAGGAAAGCCUACAUCCAUGUAUACUCCUCUGAAGAGUUGAAUGUUUGAACACAACCACAGAUGUAUAACCCCAAGUUAAAUACCAGCCCACAGAAAACCUAAAUUGCCGUACAUUAAACUUGUAGCAGGAAAUGUUCACUGAGUACUAACUUCUCUUGCUUCUGAAAUGUCUUCCAGAAUAGGCUUUGUACAAUGACUAUGCUGAUAACCAAAUCUUGUUUAUCCUAUAUCAAAGCAAUUUAUGUAAAAAAGAAACAGCCUAAACUUCUGAAGGAAUACCUCAUCUGAUGGCUUGUUUUUAAAACAUAUCUACUUUGGGGGGUUCUUUUGCCUAAAGCGUAAGAAUAAUCUGAAUGUCUUUCCUAGGCUUUUGAUGAAGCCAUUGCAGAACUUGAUACGCUGAAUGAAGACUCUUACAAAGACAGCACUCUCAUCAUGCAGUUGCUUAGAGACAACCUCACAGUAAGAUGUGCCUGGUCUUUCUACAGUCAUUGUGCUUAGACUUUGGGUUCCCAAAUAGUGUCAGCUAGGUUUUUGGAGUAGUACUCCUGCUGCAUUUAUUAAAAGGGAGUUGUGAGCUAGGGUUGGGAUGGAUGUAAAACUGAGAAUAUCUCACUUCUGAUAAUACUGCUUGCUUCUAAAAAUAUUGCACAUUACUAGAUUGGAGAUUGUACAUCUAGGCUUGAUAGACUUAACAGAUAUAUUUAGAAAUAUAAUAAGGUGCAAGUAAAAUUACUGCUUUUCAUGUAGUUUACCAGAUGAAGCAGGUCACUGAUUUUACUUUUGUGCCAGGCUGCUAUUGAGAAUGGUGUUGCAAGUGAACCAUACCUGAUUAUGGCUGUUCUUCUUUCCAGUUAUGGACAUCAGACAGCGCAGGAGAAGAAUGUGAUGCUGCAGAAGGUGCAGAAAACUAA